UUAAAAUUUCCUUAGAUAUUCUCGUUAUUUAUUUAUAAUAAUGUGAGAAAUAUAGUAACGUAGAUUAGAUUUAGUUGUGUAUUAUUAUAUGGAUAUGUGAUAAUAGUUAAGCGUAGUCAUGUUUGGGUAUAGCAAAGAGGCUGUUAGGGUGAAAGUGAAGAAGUGUGAAGGGAAGCUACAGCCAGAACUGAGGAAGUUUUCGGUUGACCCCCAGAUAACCUCGCUGGAGGUGUUACAAAGCAUUUUAGUGAAGGCAUUUGAUAUCAAGUCUGACUUCACAUUGUCAUACCGGAGUGCGGAUGACUAUGGUCAGGAGAUCUUCCUGCCACUGCUCUCUGACUGGGAUCUGGAUGCUGCUUUUCUCAAGGCGCAUAAUAUAGCUCAAACCCAGCGCUCAGAGCCAUGUGUGCAGCUCCGAGUGGACAUGAAGCCAUUUGCGGAGGCGUCGGAGGACUGGGAACCUCCCGGGAUGAGCCCGGCGCCGCGCGAGCCGACGCCCACCGUGGCACCCGCGCUGCACCAGCCGGAGAAGCAGGAGGGGCCCACUGGCUUCCAGGGCCUAUUCAUGAAUCAGGUGGAGAAGACAUUCAACAUGGUGUCCCGCGCGCUCAACCUGUACGAGGACCCGAAUACGCCACCACGAGCUCCGCUGUCCGACAGCGAGUUCCGCACAUUCCUAGAUACUGUUGGGCAAAUCACCAACACUACCAAGCUUAGAGAAGUUAUCUAUUGCGGCGGGAUAGACCCUAGUUUAAGGAAAGUAGUCUGGAAACACAUACUGAACGUGUACCCUGACGGAAUGACGGGCAAGGAGAGGAUGGACUACAUCAAAAGGAAAGCUAACGAAUACUACACCCUAAGGGCGCGGUGGAAAGACUGCAUACAGAAAGGAAUAGUAAAUGCUGACUUGGCGUACGUGACGAGUAUGGUCCGCAAAGACGUGUUGCGCACGGACAGACACCAUAAUUUCUAUGCUGGCAGCGAUGAUAAUCAAAACAUAGCUUCACUCUUCAAUAUUUUAACCACAUACGCGUUGCAGCAUCCCCGUGUAUCCUACUGCCAGGGCAUGUCAGACCUGGCGUCUCCACUCCUAGUAACUAUGGGCGAUGAGGCGCACGCCUACAUCUGUCUAUGCGCGCUCAUGGCGCGAUUACACUGCAACUUCCUACUCGACGGGGAAACUAUGACGCUCAAGUUCGCACACCUCACCGAGGCGUUACAGGUGUACGACCCCGAUUUCUACGCGUACCUGAAGUCCCAGCAGGCGGAUGAUCUGCUAUUUUGUUACCGCUGGCUCCUGCUGGAGAUGAAACGAGAGUUCGCCUUCGAUGACGCGCUUCGAAUGCUCGAGGUGCUGUGGGCAUCUCUACCACAGCGAUUGCCGUCAGGCGAGCUAUCGCUGGCCGAGCGCGAGUUUGACGCGACCGCGGACACCGCCGAGCCGCCGCCGCUGAGCCCGCUGGUGAAGGCGCCGCGCGACAACGCCUACACCAAGCUGUGCGCCAUCCGCCGCCAGAGCUCCAGCUUCAGCCUCGCGCCCGCGCGCCCGCGCCUCGCGCACCACAACCACAGCCUCGACGACUCCGCCGCGCCGCAUGACGACUCGCUGCGACACGCCAAGGAGUUCCAGAGCCUCGACGACGCCGCCCUACAGACUCUCAAGGACAAACUCGACGACGACCUCGAUACUAGUGAAGAUUCCAAGCGAUCGAAACUUCCUGACCCAAAUAUGACGAGUGUCCCCGAAACUCAGAAGCGCGUCGCGGCCAGCAACGGGAGCGUCGUCAACGGAAAAGCGCACCCGGACGGAAAGGAUACGACGUUGGGCGGUCAAAUAAGGUUGCUCCGAGACAAAAUAUCCGUGCACAAUAACAAGUUCGACGGGCCCAAUGACGUAGAUCCCAACGGCAGGCCGAAAGUGAAGAUGAUCAAAAAUUUAAACGAAUUCCUCAACUUCGCGACGAGCGGCAAACCAGAUCCGAUCAAACGUGAAAAACUACAACGAGCGCACUCGGUCAUAGAGACCACGAAGGAGUACCCCAAAAUCACCCUCAACAAAAUGUCUAUGGACGAGAGCGACCUCAGCAAACCGAGCGUCAAGGAGUCCCUCCUGAACAAAAUAAAUAGGAACAUCUACAACGACGCCAACGACGGCAGCAGCCCCGACGACUCGCAGGAGUACUACCCGAUGACCACCUCCAUGACGCGCGAGCUGCGGCUCGAGCUCGAGCACCUCGACCGGCAGGUGUUCGGGCCCUCGUACGUCAACCGCCGCAGCAUGAUCGACUCGCCCUCCGACUCCACCAGCACCGAGGAGAAGGGCGGCGACCCGACCGAGCGCGACGCCAAGAACACGCUGGAGCUUCACACCGAAAUCGGGGUAACUUCGAAGCGAUCACCCAUGGACACGAUAAAAUCCAACGCCCGGAGCGCGGAAGAUAUCUACCUGUGGGAGAACCCGCUGCACGCGCGCGCGGCGCGCGCGGCGUCCUGCCCGCACACGCCGGACGAGCACCCCGAGCUGGAGCUGGACGACACGGCCGACAUCUUCGAGGAGGGCGGCCGCAAGUCCGUCACGCCCAUCCGCCGCCACCGCGCGCCCGGCCCCGGCCCGGCUCGCCGGGACGCGCCGCCCCGCGACGACUCGGUCUCCAAAUCGCACAAGUUCUUCUCGAACAUGUCGCAGGAGCUGGAGAACGCGAAGAGGAACUGCGAGUCGCUGUUGACCGCGAAGCCGGCGAACCUGCACAGCGUCGCGUCGACCAUAAACAACUUCCAGAAGAAGUACGAGGCUCUGAAACCACCGUCGCAGAAGACAUUCGCCGCGGGCGACGGGGCGAGAAGCAUAAGCGGGCUGCCGCCGCCGGGCGUGUUCGGCGGCGGGAACCCGUUCCUCAUGUUCCUGUGCCUGACGGUGCUGCUGCAGCACCGCGACUACGUGAUGCGGAACCGCAUGGACUACAACGAGCUCGCGAUGCACUUCGACAAGAUGGUGCGCAAGCACAACGUCAACCGCGUGCUCAACCAGGCGCGCCACAUGUACGCCGUCUAUCUCAAGCACCAGAACAAAAGUGACGUCACCACGUGAACUCUCGCUCACAGUGUAUUUCGUAAGUAUUUAUCGAAUUGUAACACUAGUAGAGACUAUGAUAUUCUAUUACGUUCAAUAAUGGAACCUGGUGUGCUAGUUGAUAUGUACGGACGUGCAAUAAAUUUUGCAUUAGUACUGGGGCCCGUUUCUGGAAAGGUACAAGCUAUGGAGAUUAGAAAUAUCUCUAGUCUCCCGGUUGUGGAGAUUAGAAAUAUACCUCUAUUCUCCCUGCUCCCGGUACAAGCCUUGUGUUACAAGUGCGCGAACUGUCAAAUCGUAUGGGUUGUCAUGGAAACACACUUGUUAUAAUACAAGGCUUGUACCUUUCUAGAAACGGGCCACGGUCACAGUAUGUAUACAAUUGUAAAUUUAAUUUUAUUAGAAUAAGUAAAUAUAACACGUAUUAUAAAUCUUGACUGUAAUAGGAGACGUUGAAGCUAGCGGAAAUAUUGUGAAAGUGAAAGGUAUAUUUUAAUAAACGGGACGGAAGUCAAGACUACAGGUACUGGAUCAGUGUUAUAUAUUUUGUAUAGUUUGCAGUGCAGUAUUAUACCAAAAAUCUUAUUACGAAUUUGAGAUUAAUUUGCCGCCCGUACUGUAACUUUUGAUCACUACACUUCGAUCGAUGUAUCUAUCCAGUCGUACUGAUUUGUCAAACUUUCUCUAGAUAUACGACUGUACCGGAAAGCAUACACCGUGUUUUUAUUGAAUUCCGUUAACUUCGACAUAUAGUUAGGUCCAUUAUAGGAAACAGAAUAACAUAGUUAUUUUUUUUAAUUCGUUACUUUUUUCUGAAAAACACCAUACA